AUGGCGUUCAUAAGACCUUGCUGCAAAACAGACCCCACUGAAAGGUCUUCCAUCCCUGGAUGGGGAAAUGCCAUAAGCAUUAAGCUGAGAGAUGAUGGGUUCGAGAACACUGUUUCCUUACUUUGGGUAGGCAAAUGUCACAUUGUUAAUACGCGAAACCGGGGCUUGAGCCGACUUUUAUAUACGAUCUCUAUUUGGUACACAGCCAGUAGCUCCAACACCAGACGGAAAAAAACCACCAAAGCACCGAAGGAUGCAAGAUGUCUAGGUGGAUAUGUUAGACUGUCUCAUAUCAAGCUUGUUAGUGGAGAGUGUCACUCACAGAUGGGUUCACCCUCCACGAAGGUAAAAGACCAAAUGAAGAGACCCAAAGGGCCUCGACUAGCAUCAUCAAAAGCUGUAAAUCUUACAAGCGUCUCGUAUCUUUUAACCACAACCAUUUCAGCUGAGUGA